AUGCUCCGUCUAAGACUCGGAUCAAUUAGACAAUUUCCAACUAAAGGAAACAAAUCCCUCAGCCCCUCAAUUUUCAAAGGAGUGACAAGAAAUGUGACCACUAACGUUCACACUCAUACAGUCAAGACACCAAUUGGGCUAGAUGCUGCAAUUCAAACAUUGAAACCAAAAACCACAAGGUUAUCGACUGAGGGUCCAACUGAAUGUCCUCUUGAUGGGUUUGCAUUAUUGAACUCACCAUUCUUCAACAAGGGUUCAGCUUUCACUAAAGAAGAAAGAGAAGCUUUCAAACUUGUUGGGCUUUUACCCACACAAGUCAAUACAUUGGAAGAACAAGUUGAUAGAGCUUAUGCACAAUUCAAAAUCAGAGUUGAUGAUUUAGCCAAGAAUUCGUUCAUGGAUUCAAUGAGGUUGCAAAAUAAAGUAUUGUUUUUUGCUUUGGUUAAGAAAUAUAUUAAAGAAAUGUUGCCGAUUAUUUACACCCCAACUAUUGGAGAUGCAAUUGAAGAUUACUCUCACAGAUUUAGAAAACCAGAGGGGUGCUUUUUGGAUAUAAAAUCUCCAGAAACAAUUGAGGAAAGAUUGGCAUCUUUCGGAACUGAAAAAGAUAUUGAUGUUGCCGUUAUCACUGAUGGAUCGGCCAUCUUGGGUAUAGGGGAAUGGUCAAUUGCAGGAAUCUUAAUCACUAUCGGUAAAGGUAGCAUUAUCACCGCUGCGGGUGGUAUUGACCCAACAAGAGUGAUGUGUAUCGGUAUUGAUGCGGGUACAAACAACAAAAGUCAAUUGAACGAUGAAUUGUACAUGGGAAACAAGUUUCCUAGGGUCGAGGGCAAACAGUACUAUGAUUUCUUAGACAAGGUUGUCAAAGCAUUCAAGAAAAGAUUUCCAUCAUCAGUCUUGCAUUUUGAAGAUUUUGAAACGUCAGCAGCAAGAAACUUGUUGGACUCUUACCGUGACAAAUUACCUUGCUUCAAUGACGACAUUCAAGGUACUGGUUGUGUUGUUGUUGCCGCUUUGAAAGCUGCUCUUAAAGCAACCAAUCGUAAAAUGGAUGAUAGUAGGAUUUUGGUUUAUGGUGCAGGGUCAGCUGGUAUAGGAAUCACUACUCAAAUUGCUUCAAACUUAAGAACCGAUGGGUUCACUGAAGAGGAAAUACAUUCCAAGUUGUACCUUAUGGAUAGAUAUGGAUUAAUUACUGAAUCAACCGAAGCUACACCAGCCCAAAAAUUGUAUGCUAAAUCAGAUAAAGAUUGGCAAGAUGUUGACAAGACCAAUUUAGUUGAGGUUGUCGAAAAGAUUAAACCAACAGUCUUGAUUGGCUGCUCUACUCGUCCUAAAGCAUUCACUGAAGAAGUUGUCAAGACAAUGUACAAGUACAACCCGGAUCCCAUCAUUUUCCCCCUUUCCAACCCAACAAGACUUCAUGAAGCCGUUCCUGAAGACUUGAUGAAAUGGACCGAUAACAAAGCAUUAAUCGCUACUGGAUCGCCAUUUGCCCCAGUCAAUGGAAUCGCCAUAUCGGAAAACAACAAUUGUUUUGCAUUCCCCGGUAUAGUUUUAGGAUCAGUCUUGUCACGUAGUUCGAAAAUCAGUGAUGAAAUGAUUUCAGCCGCUGUUGAGCAAUUGAGUAUUUUGUCUCCUAAGAUCCAUGACCCUAAGGGUGGUUUGUUACCGGAUAUCACUGAAAUUAAUGAAGUUAGUGCUAAAGUAGCCACUGCUGUUGUUUUGGAAAGUUUGAAUCAAGGAUUGGCUAGAGUUGAAAGUGAACAUAGACCCAAUGGUCAAUAUGUGAGUGUUCCUAGAAAUUUUGAUGGUUGUUUGGAAUGGGUCAACUCACAAAUGUGGCAGCCUGUUUAUCGUCCAUACGUUAAAGUUGAACAUAUUCCUCAUGUUCACACAUAUCAAUAUUAA